CUGCUCGCGGGCCCAGCAGGCGCUGCGUCCCGGCGCGUUGGCAGUUGGCGACCCCCCUUGACUCCCCCUCUGCGGCGGGGCUCCCGGUGGCCUUUGGAGGCUCGGCGAGUCGGCUCCAAAUGUUUUCCAUAUUUGUUCAGCCUCCGUAAUUCGAAUACCAGGGCAGGCUCAGCCCGCCCAGCGCCGCGCUCCGGGGCCCAGCGCGCUGCACACGCACCCACCCACCCACGCAGCGGCCAUGGGCAAGGACAAGCAGCCCCGCGGCCAGCGCAGGCAGGGGGGGCCGGCCGCGGACGCCGCCGGACCCGACGACAUGGGGCCGAAGACGGGCAAAAGGGCCCCCAAGGAGUGCGGGGAGGAGGAGGCCCGGACGUGCUGCGGCUGCCGGUUCCCGCUGCUGCUCGCGCUGCUGCAGCUGGCCCUGGGCAUCGCCGUGACCGUGCUGGGCUUUCUCAUGGCGAGCAUCAGCUCCUCCCUGCUAGUCAGAGACACUCCAUUUUGGGCUGGGAUCAUUGUCUGCCUAGUGGCGUAUCUUGGUUUGUUUAUGCUUUGUGUCUCAUAUCAAGUUGACGAACGGACAUGUAUCCAGUUUGUUAUGAAACUCUUGUACUUUCUGCUGAGUGCCCUGGGCUUGAUGGUCUGCGUGCUGGCCGUGGCCUUCGCUGCCCACCACUAUUCGCAGCUCACACAGUUUACCUGUGGAACAGCACUCGACGCCUGUCAGUGCAAACUGCCCUCCUCAGAGCCGCUCAGCAGGACCUUUGUGUACAGGGAUGUGACUGACUGUACCAGCAUCACCGGCACGUUCAAACUGUUCUUACUCAUCCAAAUGAUUCUUAACUUGGUCUGCAGCCUUGUGUGCUUGGUGGCCUGUUUUGUCAUGUGGAAACACAGGUACCAGGUCUUUUACGUGGGUGUCCGAAUGUGCUCCCUGACAGCUUCCGAAGGCCAGCAGCAAAAGGUCUAACAUACUCGCUCAAAGGUGGGAGAGAAAACAGCACACUGACUAGCUGGGGUCAAAAAAGGAAAAGGAAAAAGAGAAAGAAGAGGAAGAAAGGAAGAAAAAAAACUUUUGACAAUAACUAAUAUUCACUGUUGUAAAUGAAUAUUUUUCUAUUUUUCAGGAAAUAAGAGCAUUUCUUCAGGUUUCUAUAGUAUUUUUAAAAAUUCUUACAGGGAAAAUAAGAUCCAAAUUGACUUUAAGACAUUAAAAGAACACUGAACGGGGAAGGAAUGGCAUACAUUUAUUUUUGCAGGUUGGAGUUUAUUUCUUAGUACAGAUUACCCCCACCCCCGCUUUCUGAACAUAGAGCAUUCCCAUGAAAACUUCUGUGAACCGAAAUGGCAUAAAGCGAAAGCACUGUUUUGUAGAAGCAGAAAUCUUCAGAUUUCUUUCGGUUGGCGAAAAUGGGUGCUAAUGUAGAUAUUUCCUAAAGCAAAACGGCGUAGAGCAAACUUUCGGAUAGCGGGGAAAACCUGUACUCAUUUUAUUCAUUAUUUAUAUAAUCCUCUUUCCUGUUCAGUUUAUAGUGUGCGUUGGCAUUUCAGGACCACUUGCUAAAUUUUGCAGUCGUUUCCAGAACUUCCCACCUCCCCCCAUUCCUUUCACUAUGCCUUGGAGAAAGGGGGGAGAGCUGAGCAACUAGGUUGACUCUCUGGAUUUUCCCUGGUAGAGAUGUCUUCAAGGCAUGAAACAGCUUCAAGGGUCAGAGUAGAAAAGGAAGAGACUUUGCAAAGGCUAAAUAAUUAUCAGCACCUGGGCUGGGGUGGAGGCCUUUUCUCUUCAGCUCCCUUAGUUUGGCUCUGUAAGUAGAUCACUUACUAAAUACUUUGGAUGAUUGUCUGCUUCUCAAUAAUUGAAAGUUGGUGGUAGUUGUAUUCUUAAUGAUGUAGAAGGCUUAAAAAUAAUUACAUUAUGCUUCUAUUCUACCAUCUAAAACAAAUCAUUAAAACUAAUUUCUACCUAAUUGUUAAUUAUAAUUAUGCUCAGAAGCCUACUUAAUGAGCCCUGUCUGUACUUAUGUAGCACCAUCGGCAUUAGGAGAAAUUACUCUCACAAGAGAGGAGGCUUAAAGAUUCUUUCUUCUGAAAGCCAAGCUUUACAAAGGAGAAGAAAAAAAAUUUUUUAUUAAUAGCUCAGGUUAAAAAUACUCAUUUAAACAAAAACAAGAGCAUUUGCAAUGGGAAAUGUUUAUACAAAUAGCACAUUUGUGAUACGUUAUAAAGUAUCUCUCUUGGCAGCUAAGUACUUUUGAGGAAGACUGGGUAAUGCCGAAGUGUUCCAUUCACAAAAGUGCAUCUGAUAUGCAAUCCUAUUAUUGAUAUUUAUAUCCAGUCAACCUAGAGACUUAAACUAAUGUCUUGAUGUCCUUAUUUGAGCAUAUGCCCAUUGACUUGGAAGGUAAUUUUUAUUUUGUUUUGUUUUUAAGUUACUGUGACUUAAAAAAGCACAGGCACGCUGGGGUGGGAGUCUUUUCUCUCUUACUUGGUUCUGAACAAUACCAAUAUUUUAAGGAAGGAGCUCAGAAUGCAAAUGCAUGCAGCAUUAAUGUUAUCAAGAUCUUUCUCUCUUAGCAUGCUCUAUUGAAAUCAGAAAUUCAAGAUAAUAAUUGAGAUGAAUUUGCCUCUCCACAUUGCCUAUUGAUAUACUCUGCUAGUCAUGAAAUUCUACCCUAAAAGAAAAUCAUUUUCUUGUUUGCCUUAGAAAAUAGUUGAACAAUUCCAUUGGUUGUGAUGACAGUGUCAAUUUCUACACAAUAUAAAUAUCCAAAUAAAAGGGAAAACAUUAAGUCAGUUAGUUGGAGAAUUGUAAAAAGCUUUUAUGUCCUCCAGAUAAAACACCUGAUUAACAGAUGUUAAAACCUUUUUUUUUAAUGUAUUGACUUGCUUAAAAAAUGGCCUUCCUACACACCAGCUCAGGCCAAGAACUCACACUUAGUGGAUAAUGGGGCGCCUGGGUGGCGCAGUCGGUUAAGCGUCCGACUUCAGCCAGGUCACGAUCUCGCGGUCCGUGAGUUCGAGCCCCGCGUCAGGCUCUGCGCUGAUGGCUCGGAGCCUGGAGCCUGUUUCCGAUUCUGUGUCUCCCUCUCUCUCUGCCCCUCCCCCGUUCAUGCUCUGUCUCUCUCUGUCCCAAAAAGUAAAUAAACGUUGAAAAAAAAAAUUAAAAAAAAAAAAGACUCUGGAGCAGAGGUUGGAUUACAUGCAAAAACUAUAUCGAGAGAACACCAAGCAUCCGGAUGAUGACCUGAAAAAAAAAAAAAACAAACAAUAACUGAAUCCAUUCUGAUUUGGACAGUUUUUGACAUAAAGAAGAAAAUGACAGAGAAUCUGAAAUAUUGUAGGCUGUUCUGUAAAGAGAGAGAAACUGAUGAUUUAAUGCUAAUUGCUAUGAAUCAGGCACCACUAGAAGCACACCCUGAAUUCCUUUUUAUAGCAAACACUACCGGUUUUAUAUUAGAAAAUUAAAAGUCUACACAUCACUAAGGUGCUCAAUGUUUUACAAACAAUUCACAGGGUAUUUCACAUGGUAGAAUAACUUUAGCUUAUGUGUUUCUUUUUCUAAAUAAUGCAACCAGAAAAGGAUGAGACAGUAAGUUUGAUAAUAAUCAGGAUAUAUACAUAUAUAUAUAUAUAUAUAUAUAAUUAUGUAUGUAAUUAAAUCAUUCUUAAAUCUCCAAAGGAAAAAAAUAAUCAUAAGUGAAGGAAGGAACAAAUAAAUAAAGAAGGAAAGAAACCAAGAAAAGAUUCCUGUGCUGUGAACUCACUGAGUAUUGAUACAUGUAAGAAUUGUGUUGCAUGAAUAACAAACUGCUUUACGCUGGAUUUAAAGUAUUUUGAGGUUGUGUUUUGCAAAUAUUGAAGUUACAAUAACCGGCAACAGAAAAGGAACAGAGACACAGCUUUACACUUAGCAAAAUGUUACAUUUAAAAUCUGACAAGGAGCCAAGAUGGUGACUGUCUCUUCUAAACCAUAAAACAGUAAGAUUUGCGCAAUCCUCCUCCUCUUCCACCUCCUUCAGGAGAAUUAAAUGAAUCAAGACUUUGGAAAGAGUGGAAACUGCUGGGACUUGGCAGUACUUGAAAUAGGAGGAAUACAGCAGCCUAAAUGUACAGACUUUGUAACCAAGCCCACCCGAUCGGUCUGUGCCUUCACGUGACCACCAUCUGUGCCUCCCUCGCUCUGUCCAAAUUUGUGGAGGCAGCUCCUUGGAGCCAAGCCUAAAAAUAUAGCUACACCAGGCCCUAGAAACUGUAGUCAAGUAACAGGCCUGACUUUUUUCCCCUCUUUGAAUUAAACGUCUGUCUAUAUGAUCUCUUUGGAGGGGUUUCCAGCUGCAAUAGCCAUGUGUUCUGACAGCGAGAGCCCAUUAUGUGUGUGUUUUCUGUUCACGGGCAGGACAUCAGAAUCUCUUAAUAUUCUUGUACUUCUCCUCUUGCAUGCAUUGUAUCUGGAAUAUGUUUAUAGAUUUUUAGUAAAAGGUGGGGUAGAGGUUAUCCAAGGAAGAUUCUGAAGGACAACAGUGGAGCAGUUAUUUAACCAGAAACAAACUGAGAAGGUGCCCUGAAAACCAAUCCUAUCCUGUCACAAAACAUACCUUCACAUUUUCUAGUAAUUACCUCUCAACUAUUGCCAUGGAGCCGUUAAUUUCUGUAAAUCAUGCUGGCUAUCAGUUUUUACUAUACUCAGAGAACUCUGUCAUGAUUUUAGAUGUACACUGAAUAUUCAGGACAGUGUUAAAAAGAGCUGAUGGCCUAAUAUACUGACUUGUGGUGGAAACAUUUGUUUCGAUGGAGGCUCAGUGUUUCAGCCUGGGCAAUGAAUACCUUAAUUCUUUUCUUCUGAUUUUCUCGAUUAUCUUCUUGAUUAUCUCAAAUGAUUAUCCCCUUCAGAAAUAUCGGUCUGCAUUUUGGUGUUGUGAUUUCAUUUUCCUGCCAUUGAUGAAAUAGUGAAUAGAAAACAAAGUGCUUUCUACAGGUAUGAAGUGGUGAUUUUUAAAGGAGAUGCAUAUGUGCAGAUUUUCUUUGUUAAUAAAAUUUUCAUAAUCUCUGAAAA